CAGGUGUAUAAGCAGGUGUGUUCAGCCUGCCACAGUAUGGAGUACCUGGCCUUCAGAAACCUGGUGGGGUGUCGCACAGAGGCCGAGGUUAAGACCAUUGCGGAGGAGGUUGAGGUAGUGGAUGGUCCUGAUGAGAGUGGAGAGAUGUUCACUCGGCCAGGAAAGCUGUCAGACUACUUCCCAAAGCCCUACCCCAACCCUGAGGCAGCCCGGGUUGCCAACAACGGAGCCCUGCCUCCAGACCUCAGCUACAUUGUUAAUGCCAGACAUGGAGGAGAGGACUACGUGUUCAGCCUGCUGACAGGAUACUGUGAGCCUCCAGCUGGAGUGACAGUGAGAGAGGGACUCUACUACAACCCCUACUUCCCUGGCCAGGCCAUUGGCAUGGCCCCACCCAUCUACAAUGAGGUGCUGGAGUAUGAGGAUGGAACCCCUGCCACCAUGAGCCAGGUUGCUAAGGAUGUGUGUACCUUCUUGAGGUGGGCUGCUGAGCCAGAGCACGACCAGCGCAAACGCAUGGGACUGAAGUUGCUGAUGGGCUCAGCCAUCCUCAUCCCUCUGCUCUACUACAUGAAGCACAGGUGGUCUGUGAUGAAGAGCAGAAAGAUGGCCUACAGGCCUCCCAAAUAAAAGGAAACAAACACACCCCAAUCUGGGCAUAAAAGCUACCAGAGAGGGCUGCAUUCAGUGACCCCACAACGCUCACCUCACAUUGAUCAUAUGGACACAGAGCAACAGAUAACACACACAUGCCUUUCUAAGAGGGGUUAGAGAAAUAAGGGUAUAUAUUAUAUGUUUAUUCCUUCAGAAAAAUGCCUUUUUUUUAGUUGUUGGCAUGGUAGAACCAAUGGUGUGACAGAUUUUCCUGUAUCUGAUGUAUUAUGGUGCGAGUUUGUGUCAGAGCGUUGUGGCGUUCUUGAAUGCACCCUCCACAAAGUUUAUGUUUGUUUGAUCUGCAUUGAGUCAUUGCUGCUAGCAGCUCAUGUCUUGACAUCUCGUUUCAGACACUUUGUCACAAUUGACUGAUAAGUUAAUUGAUUGCCCAUAUUUGUAAGAUACUCAGUUACCACACGAACGCAGAGAAAUGGUUGCCCUCAAAGUUUAUAACAUCCUGAGUGUGUGUAAAUCCAUCCUCCCCUGUCGUCUCCACAAAGCCGCUCAGUGGAUCAAAUGCAACCUCUGAACCUCUGUUUUACUGUACAAAAUAAAUUAUCUUAAAGGAAA